AUGGAAUUGUGGAUGAGUCCGCUUGUCUCAAAACUGGUUGAGACAAAAAAUGGAUUUUUGAACCGAUCGGUUCACCAUGCAUCGACUCCAUUCACUUGCAUUGACCUACUAGGAUAUAUAUCCUUUCCUUGGUACAAUGGAAGUGGUAUUUCUCCUUUAAGAAGACAAUUAGUGAAAGAAGAAGGUAUUCUUUCGUCUCUAAGUGUAGGAAAAGAUAAAACAACCGGAAAAGAAAUGAUUAGUUCAAAGGAAGUUAGGGCAGCGGGCAGGUACGAAGUUCGGUCAAUCAAUCGCUCAAUCCACCCGAGGCAAGGGAUUCUUGUUGCGUCCAAUAAUACUGCUUCUGGGGACAGCUUUGGAACUGGGGCCUACUUUUCCUGCUUUCUUCCCCAAGGAUGGCAGCAAGUGAAUAAAAAUGCUCUGCUCUGUAAAUCAAUAGAUGAGUUAUUUGAAAAAGGAAGAGAUGAAGUACAACAAUCAGUUUUAGGGGGACUGAUGCAGCAGACGAAAAGUUGCAACAUCCCACCAGGGUUUACACUCAAAACCCUUGUUGACAUCCUGAUUUCCCAAGCUUCCACAAUCAAUUCUGUAAAACCACCACUGGGGCAGGCUAAUCGGUUAUUGUUGAACUCUUUCAUUGCAGAGUCAAAAAUCCAGUCCGCCAUCUCAGCUUCAUCUCCUUCUUCAUGCUUGUCUUCUGCUUCUCUGGUGGGUGGUUCCACGGUCACAAUGGGUUUACAGAUGGGUCCUUCGCAAUGGUGGUCAAAAAUCCAGUCCGCCAUCUCAGCUUCAUCUCCUUCUUCGUGCUUGUCUUCUGCUUCUCUGGUGGGUGGUUCCACGGUCACAAUGGGUUUACAGAUGGGUCCUUCGCAAUGA